CAAUGUGCCUUUCACAGAGCUGGGAGCUUGAUGGGAAUGUUUGAUUAGCUCCUCUCUGAAAGAAAAAAGGUGUCCAGGCCUCCCUCUGCUGCCUGCCUCUUUUUCUGUAAAAUAAUGUUGGCUGGAGUUCGGGGUACAGAAAAGCUUGGAAAAAAAUCCACUCUCAUACUGUGUGGAGAAAAGGAAUAAAAAGUUGCGCACACCUCAAGCAAGUGCUCCCUAGCAACGCUUCCAGAUUUUGCUUUACUCACCAUGAAGGCCACAGUCAUUGCAACCUUCUUUGGUGUGUUUCUUACAUGUACAUACACAGCCAAGGAAGCCACAAAGAAGACAAAAAAGGCUAAGCUAUAUGUACCCCAGAUUGAUUGUGAUGUCAAGGCGGGGAAGAUAAUCAAUCCAGAAUUCAUUGCAAAAUGCCCUCCUGGAUGUCAAGAUGUAAAAUACCGUGUUUAUGGCACAGACAUUUAUGCUUCUUUUUCCAGUGUCUGUAAUGCUGCAAUUCACAGUGGUAUCAUUGACAACACAGGUGGGAAGAUCCUUGUCCAGAAAGUCGCCGGGCACUCUGGUUACCGCGGGAGCUUCUCCAAUGGUGUCCGGUCCCUGUCACUGCCACGCUGGAGGGAGUCCUUCCUCGUGUCAGAGGGCAAGCCAAGAAAAGGUGUGACAUAUCCAACAACUCUUGAAUAUUCUUCAUCAAAAAGUACAACAGUUAAAUCAGAGCCUAAAAAGCCAGAGCAAGACCUAAAAGGUAUGAAGAGUGCAGACACCGCUAACACAUCAGAAAAAGCAUUGGAACAAGGGGACACAGUCCGUAAAGAGAAUCAGACAACUCCAGUGCCGACUCCAGCCACACAAAUGGCCACCACAACCCCCACGCCAAUGACCACGACAACAGAUCCUUCCACCACAAUGCCACAGCCAACCAAGACACCUGCAGCAACCAGAACCACAGCAGCUGCAGCCAAGACUAGACCUGGACUGCACAGGGUCAGAGAUAUGGGUUCUAGCAGUGUCCACCCAGCGUAUGCAUCUGUGGUAGCUGCAGCAGCAAGACAGGUUCAGGCUGCACAAGGAAGAGGACAGAAUACAGCAUUCAGGGGCACUUCCACCUCUGCAAGUAACAGCAAUAUUUUACGACACAAUACAGGUGUUCAGCGCCAAGAGCCUGUUGCCACCUUCCAGAGGGCUGCCAGCUCUCCAGCCCACCUGGCAAUGGAAACAGACUCAUGGAAACCUGGACUGAGCCUUUUUGACACAGGCUUCAGUUCAAAGGAAGAAUUGAAUCCAAAGCCACUGGAGCCCAUCUCCCAGGGGAAUCAGAAUUGCAAGGUUGAUUUGUCCUUCCUAAUGGAUGGGAGCUGGAGCAUCGGCAAACGCCGCUUUCAGCUCCAAAAGCGGUUCCUUGGUAACGUGGCUCAAGCCCUUGGCAUUGGCAGCGCUGGUCCUCUGAUGGGCAUUGUUCAGUAUGGUGAUGACCCUUCCACAGAAUUUAACUUAAAAACUUAUGCCAACUCCAAGGAUCUAAGGAAUGCCAUUGAGAAAAUUCAACAAAAAGGGGGACUUUCCAAUGUUGGGAAGGCACUUUCAUUUGUUAACAAAAACUUCUUUCUGGAUGCUAAUGGAAACCGAGGUGGAGCACCCAAUGUGGUUGUAGUGAUGGUGGAUGGGUGGCCGACCGACCGAGUGGAAGAGGCCUCCAGGCUGGCCAGAGAAUCAGGGAUCAACAUCUUCUUUGUCACUGUUGAAGCAGCUGCUCAAAGUGAAAAGCAGAAUGUUAUUGAACCGAACUUUGUGGACAAGGCAGUGUGCAGGACAAGUGGCUUCUAUUCCAUCAAUGUGCCCAGCUGGUUCAGCCUCCACAAGGUGGUGCAGCCCUUGGUGAAGCGGGUGUGCGACACCGACCGGCUGGCCUGCAGCAAAACGUGCCUCAAUUCCGCCGAUAUCGGCUUCGUGAUCGACGGCUCCAGCAGCGUCGGCACCGGCAACUUCCGCACGGUCCUCCAGUUUGUAGCCAACAUCAGCAAGGAGUUCGAGAUUUCGGACACCGACACGCGCAUCGGAGCAGUGCAGUACACCUACGAGCAGAGGCUGGAGUUCAGCUUUGACAAGCACAGCACGAAGCAGGAUGUGCUGAACGCUAUCAAAAGGAUCAGUUACUGGAGUGGUGGCACCAGCACGGGAGCAGCCAUUAGCUACGCCUCAGAGCAGCUGUUCAGCAAGUCCAAACCCAACAAAAGGAAGAUCAUGAUUCUCAUCACAGAUGGCAGGUCUUACGAUGAUGUCAGCAUGCCAGCCAUGGCAGCUCACCAAAAUGGAGUCAUUGCUUAUUCCAUUGGAGUUGCUUGGGCAGCCCCAGAUGAACUGGAAGCCAUUGCAUCAGACCCUGCUAAGGAGCAUUCCUUCUUUGUGGAUGAAUUUGACAACCUCUACCGCUAUGUUAAUCAGCUCAUCCAAAAUAUUUGCACAGAGUUCAAUUCCCAGCCACGGAACUGAUGGACUUAAGCAAGGCAGGACCCUUGGGCACUGUGCUGAAGGCACACCAAGUACCACAGGAAUAAUGCCAGCCCUCAGUUCAAGAAGCACUGGAGGUGUUUCCCUCUGGCACUUUCCAGUCAACAAGGCUGAUUGCAGCUCUGUCCCUAUGCAUGAUAAUGCUCUGUGUAGACUGUUGAUUUUCAUUUUUUGUCCUUGCAGGCAUCAGAAACUCUGAUUUGGCUGGAUAGAAAAGGAGGCAGUAAACAUGGAGGAAGUAACUGCAGUAGUUUGAAGAGCUGCUUCCAGCAUAGAGCCCCAGCUUGCCCAAUUCUCACCUUUGGGCACAUGCAAGCUUCUUAAAAUGUGCCACCUGCUCCCUGGAGUGGCCAGGUCCCUUCAGGGAGUGGCCAGGCUAAUGAGCAGCUGUGGUAGAAACACCUCAUGCGGCACUGCCCACCACAUGACACACAGGUCAGAGCUCAAAUACCAGAUGCUUCUUUUGGAGAGGGAACACAGCUCAAUUUGAGUACCUUCUUAAAAGCAGGUACUCACUCCAUACUGCUGUCUUGUCAGCAAGUUAAGCUUCAGCUAGUGUAAACUCAAGCACUGGGAUUUAUCCAAACCCUGAGAAACUGAAAAGCAAGUGAGCAGAAAGGGUCAAGCCCCAGGACCCUCUAAUCCUUUGCCAACCCCAGUAAAUCCUCAAAUCCACAUGGCAGCCAACAUGCAAGAACCGGAAUCUAGUCUCCUACAACACUGCAUUAAUGCUUGAUCUUGAGAAGUGUCUUUCCCCCUCAGCUUCAUCCUUCACUCUUGGGUGGUUCAAGGCCUGCAGGACCACACAAGUGUUGCCAGGACACAGGAGACUUUGAGAAAAACUGUGGGUUUAAGUUGGUCACAAUGAGAAAAGCAUUUAAGACCCACCAGUCUGUCAUUAAACCACCACUCAGAAGAGGAGUCUCUAGUGUGAGGAGAGCUAUUCAAGAGCCAUUAACAGGAUUUAAGAGGGAAUUAUCUGAAGUUCUGUAUUAUACACUGGGAAAAGCAGAAUUUCAAGCAUUUACAGACACUCUCUGUCAAAUUUAGGAUUGACUUCUCUUUUAUGGAUUGGUUUAAAAAUGUACCUACUACAGCUCUGGAUCAGUCAGAACACACAGUGGUUUCUUAACUGGAGAACUACCCAUGUCACUAGUCACUGGGGGAGGAGUGACACACUAGGAGGACCAAAAGAACUGCACUUUAUUUUGCAAGCAGCAGUUGCUGGUUAUGUUCCAUCCAGUAUCAUUUAAGAAAAUACAUACAUUAAGCAAAGUUAUCAAAGGAACCAAUGAAAACAUGAGUGUUCACACCCCUUACAGCAAUAAAAGCCAUGCUGUGCCAGGCUCAUGGAACUAACAGGAAAUGGAAAGAAAUUAAAACUCACGUUUGCCAUAUUACUUGCAAAUCAGGCUUUUAACAGCAUUUAUAGUUUUAAUAACCAUGAGCCAAGAUAUUUAUUAGCCACAUAAAUUUUAACUGAAUUGCCAUAAGGGAAACUCAUUUUAUCAGCAAAAGUAACACUAUUUUUUAAAUCGUUAUGUUUGGAAAUAUGACUGAAAUAGCUCAAAACCUGUCAACUAAGUAAGCAUAAUGCAAAUUAAUAAAAACAGCAGAUUCUGCAUGAUCCCCCUGGUGUGGUAACAUAAACCAGGCUGGAGUCCACUCUAGAGGUUAUCAAAACCAAUUCUGGAUGAAACAGUGGUUUUACACAGUAAAAGCUCAUCGCUUCCCCUUAGAAGAAACAUUAAGUUCCAGUUUUAACUAUCAUCAAUUCAACCAUUCUACCCAGACUAAAAGCACAGGACACUGUCAGCUGCCACAAAUAUAUUUGUAUGCAGAGUUUUUACCACUAAUCUGUGCUGCUGCAGUUCACAGCAAUAGCGUGGUGGCUUGAAAAAAUGAUUAAGGAUAGAGAGAGUUAGGUAUGAGCAGAGCAACUGCUGAUAUCCCCCAUCUCCUGACCCAGCUCCUCACUACCAUUCUGCUGAACACAUCUUUCUCUGUCAACAAGGGACAUUACGUGGGCUGGACAAAACUCAAGCCCAUAAACUGAAUUUACUGGGGACUUCAACUCAGACACCAGAUUUAUUGUCUGAAAACCUGUUUGUUUGGGGCUUGAUUUGGGGCUACCUGAGAAAAAGGCCUAAAUCCUAACUUACAGUUACUCUCAAUACUGUGGUUUAACUUUUAAUGCAGCAGCUUACUACCACAUAUUGUUCUCCAUAUUGAAUGUACUCUUGCAGCACCAAAGAUUGGUACCCUGCAGAGACUCCCCAAUGUUUCACUUUUGCUCUGCUAAAAGCAUGGCAGUGAUGGCCAAGACAUCAGGAACAGCUAGAGCACACAUGUUCUUUAGGAUGUGCAUAAGGGAUAUAUGCAUAUGGGAUAUAAUUUUUUCUAAAGCUUGAACUUCAAGCAAUGACAUUAAGCUUUCAAAUGCUCUUUCACAGGAAAGUUGCACAGCUAUCUUUUGUCAAGCAUUUAUAAAGGGCACUUCAGGGCUUGUUGCUGUUCAAAUGGUUUAUCUUCAGUUUACAGAACAACUAUGGCGCUCAUUUCUCAAAGUGCAUUUUUAUUUACUUCUUGGGACGAUCCUCAAAUUGUCAAAACUCAAAGUAUGAAAGUGGUUUAAUCCAACUCUUGUCUAAACUUACACAUCCUAUUCAUAAACACCGUAAAAUUACGCGGAAGCCUCAAAACUUUUAAGAAUACACCCUUCCAUUAAGAAAAGCAAUCACAGAACACACUCCUCUUUAUCUUUCAUAGCAAUCAACUUACUUGCAGCCUACUAAAGUCUCUAAAUGCUGUUUUAUUAAAAAAACCAAGAUAGCUUACAUAUAUAGAUAAAUGUUCAAAGAGGUAUAUUUGUUUGAAGAAAGCAGCAGAACUCCUUCUGUAACAUAUACAAGCUUUUUUGAGCUUAUCAACAUAAGUUGCUUUAUCUUUUGCAAUAAAAUGGUCCUAAAGGCACAUGCAGUGCAUGUCAUCUCAUAUGGGGUUAAAAAAUAAACAGCAAAUACAGCCCAUGCCACUUUAGUUUCUGAAACACAGCUGAGGUUACUACUACAUUAUGGAAGACCUAGAAAGGCUGGCAAAGCCCCAGGCACUUCAGUGCUGUCCUUUUACAUGCUCAGAUGAAAAAGAUCCUUAGAGUGAGCUACCACAAAAUUACCUGUCAGAGGAAUCAGUCACUGAAGUAGAGUCUAAUGACUGAAGGGCAUCAAGGUCAUAUGUACUUUCCAAAGUCUGCAAGAUCAUGUUCUUUUUGGAACCAGACUUCCUUUGGAAGAUGAAAAAAGAUAGCACAGGCUCUACACACUUUCUAGAUGCAGGACUGAAUCAAAAGAGGAUCUGUAUGUCCAGUCGCUUGAUGCUGGGCCACUUAGUUUCAGAUGUCUGACCAGUGCAGCAGAAGCUGUUGUCCGGCAGAGGCAUCCUGAAGAGAUGGGAGCUGUCUGAACUAGUCACUGCACACACACUCUAGAGGGUGUCUGACCACCCUCUCCCCAAGAAAUAAGCAUCUUUGCACUCAGAGUUGGGCUGGUGGCUUAUCAGUGCUCAGCAACCACAAUGCAGAACACCCACCUGGAAAUACCUACUGAUGCUCAUGCUCUGGAAGCCUUGGAAGAGCUCAGUUUCAGCAUCUCUUCCAACUCCAGCAUUAGCCACUCACAUUUUCAGUGAGCCACCAAAUUCAAUUAAGAGUUCAGCCAUCAGAGAGAGGUAACUCAAAGUCCUGUUUCCCCGGAGUGGGACACUCAGCAUUUCUGCUGUCACUGUGCCGCCCUGCACAGAAGGCAUCGCCUGCAGUGUGCACCUCCUGCUCCUCAGCUGCUGCUGCUUUGCUGGUUCAGCAAGAGGAGAGUCUCUCCAUGGCUGCUGCUGACAGGUGGGCAGACAAGCUUCCCCUUCCUCCUCAUGCUCCUUCCCCCAUGGCUCUCCAGCACACAAGGAAAACCAUACCAGUAACCAGGAAAAGCUCCGGAGUUAAGCAUCCAGCCAGGAUCAACCCAAUCUAAACAUAUUUAGUGAUUUAACACUCUGCCUAUAACCCCACAAAAAAUUAUCCAUGUUAUCUACUUAGAAAGUCAAAGCAAGCAGUAAGUAGUAUCAGAAAUAUUACUGAGACACCAAAUUUAAGUCACUUUUCUGUGGUGUGUGUACUUUAAAUUAUUUCAUGGUUGAAAAAAGUCACUAUCAUUCUGCUAGCUAUUUUUCUCUGUCCCUGAGCAACAUUAUGGAAACAACUUGAUCCCUUUUCUUUUCCAUUCCCAUCUCAUUUUGAGACAUCUUAGGAAGUACCAGGCCAUUUACAUCUGCUAAGUCACCUACACAUUGAAAACAUUACAAAUGUACAUCUAUGCAGCUGAAUGCUUCAAAUUCCUCAAAAUAAUCUUUUUUCCUCGUUAAACUGGGGGAGGAAGGGUGAUGAGGGUUUUAGCACUGCAUCAGCAACACUGCUCACAAUCAACUGUGUCAGUCUUACUGAAUGGCAAGAAACGUGUUAUUUUUCUUAACACCAGUUUAACCCCUUCUCAGAUUUCUAAUGAGAACUCUGAUAAUGCAGUUCAAGAAUUCCAGCACUCAUAGAAAUUACUUCUUUUUAAGCACAAGAAAUUGUAGAAGUUCCCCUGUAUCACCAAGUGUACUCACUUUUCUCACAUGCAAAUCAUCAUGGGGCCAUGUCUUGUUCAUAGGCAAACCCAUAAGCAUGUUAGGAAGGCCUCCCACAUGUGAGGGUCACUUGUACAUUAUUCACUAAAUCUUCUUUCCCCCUACCUCAGGAACCCUCUAGAGGCAGUCACACUGGGGUGAAUGAGAUUGUACUGUCAAUUCAUAAAGCAAUUCUUCCUUUCCUACGAGGCAGGAAGAUGACUAGGACUAAAUCAGGCUAUUUUACACCUAUCGAGAAAAGAUGAGAACUUCACUUAUCCCACCUACAAGCUCAGAAAAAACAGGAUGGACUCACUGACAACAACUUGUUCUGCUCAGUUCUGUGUAGGUUCUCCUGCCACCCCUUCACAGUGCCAUUCUGAGCACCUUCCUGUAGCAACGCAGCUGCCAUCUGUGAUGUGUGGUUUGCUCUCCCUCAUCCUCUCCCCAAGGGCAGAACCACGCGUUUCUUUUUAUGCUGAAUGAACGCUGUCCUCGGGAAGAGCCACGUGUCUGGCUGCGAACAACGCCCGCUGACAGACCAGCUCCUGCACAACCACACCCACUCCGCAUGUCUGCUCACCCCACAUUCACCCCCACACAGGGACCAUGUGCCUCAGCACAUGGAGAGAUGUGCGGUGACAACAGAGCCAAGCUGGUGGAGCAGGAUGAAACCAAGACACCCAGAGAACACAAAAAACAAGGCACUCCUGUGAAUAGUGACACGCUGCACAGUUCAACAAGAAUUUCACAUGGAGUUACCUCAAGCCCCUCCAAACAAGUCUAUUAGUCUUGGUCUUAAUGCACUUUCCCCUCCUAGCACUCACACCAAAACCACACACAUCUUGUGAUAAAAUGCAGAAUUAUGAACACAAUGCAAAAUGUUGAAAAAUAGUAUUUAUUAGCACCCAAUUUACAUAAUUAUAUGGUACAAAUGACACUUGCUGCUGCAACAUUAAAUAAAGCUGCUCUUAAAAACCA